AUGUACAAAGUCUAUGGCCGUGGCCUGAUCUUGAUCUGUGUUGAUGUUGAGACCUGGGAACAGUCACCAAAAGACGAGACACACAUCCUUGAAGUUGGGAUCUCCAUCUACGACCCCCGUGGACAACAACAUCUGUCGACACCUAACGUUAAAACUUACCAUCUUGUGAAUUCUGAUAACUUGAAACUCAAAAAUGGUCGGUACGUUCCGAACCAUCGGGAGUAUUUUAUGGGGGCAACGCUGUGGCGUAUGUCGUUGCUGCUGAUCAAAAUUUUCAUUCAAGGUUUGUUCGAUUACUAUUCUGGUCUCAAACAGUGGAGUUCGGUUCUUGUGGGACACGGAUUGCAGAAUGAUAUCAAAUAUCUUAGACACAUGGGGAUCGAACACCCGUUUGUACACACCAUUGAUACUGAAAAAUUGUUCGCUCUUAGUCGGAAUAAGACCGACAAAACCAACUUGCGCACAGCCCUUAAAGAGACGAUGAUUUUGUCUGGUUACAUGCACAAUGGUGCCAACGAUGCGUAUUAUACUCUCCAGCUUCUUUUCAAGCUUGCUGAUCCUGAAUUGCGUACCCUUCUUAAGCUUGAUGAUGUCAAGUUCCCACGAAACGUUACUCCCAAAAUUAAUAAACUUUCCGAGAAGACACCAAGUGCAGAGUUUAUGAAUCCUGAAUCAUACAGUGCCAUGGAAUAUGCGUUACCCGAACCCUUAAUAGAACCAAACCAAUUCUUUGAUUGGGUGUACGAGGACAGCAACGAUGUUCGAGAUGAUGAGUGCAUGUGCAACGGGCACAAUAAAAGAUUCAGGCAUGGACAAUAUCCCUCUUCAAAGAAUAAUGUUUAUUGA